UCUGGCAGAACCAAAAUCCAUUUCUGCAUUAUUUCAGAUAGGAAAAACAAAAUGGCUAUGUCUCCUCUCGUGGUUGGAGACCGGGUUGAUGACGGCUCCGGUUCGCUGGGCACCAUCCGCUACAUCGGGCCCGUGGCCACAGCCAAAGACGCCUCUGCGCUCUACUAUGGUAUCGAAUGGGACGACUGGGGCCGCGGCAAGAACGACGGCAGCGUCGAGUUGCCCAGUGGUGAGCGCGUGGUGCAUUUCUCGGGCCCUCCAGGCCGCAAAUUGUCAGGACACGGAAGUCCAGUGAGCUACAAAUGUUCGUUCGCGAAAGCUACAGUUUUUGACAAGACAGCAGAACGAAGUUCACUUCUACAGAGGCUGCAAGAGAGAUAUUCUAAUGAAGAAAUGUAUUCCAAGUCAGAGGUAGAAGCUCCAAGUGACGUGGUGGUGGCUGGAGAAGUGGGCACGACGCUGGGGAGCGAGAAGCCCAUUGAGUUUGUGGGAGCCAAGAAGCUCAGCACGCAGCAAACUCUGCAGACUAUCGAGAAAAUUUCACUUUCUGGCUGUCAAAUUGUGGAGUUAGGAGGUCAAGGAUUGGGCCAAUUGGCCCCACAUUUAACGGAACUGGAUCUGUCCAGGAACCUUUUUAGCAAGUGGAGUGACGUGCUCGCUAUUAUCCGCGAACUGCCGCUACUGGAGACGCUAAUUUUGAGUGGAAACAGGUUCACAGUCGAUGAAGAAAAUGACAAUAACGGAGAAGAAAAUUUCGAGAAUUUAAAGGUGCUCGUACUGAAUCAAACGUUAUUAUCAUGGAGAAAUACGGGGACGAUCAUCACUCGCCACUUCCCGAAGCUCGAACAGCUGCACUUAGUGGACAAUGAGUACGAAGACGACCAACUGACGGAGUUUAAAACAACUGGAGGUUGGGUGGAGACGCUUUCGGUGCUGGAUUUAAGUCUCAACCGCUUGAAAUCCUGGACCAAAGUGCUGGAAAUUAUUGGCGGCAUGUUCGUGAAUUUGAGUCAGCUUUUCUUGAAUGGAAAUCGAAUCGUGACGCUCGUUACUGACGCGAAGCCUAUUGCGUUCCAAAAGCUAAAAACUCUGUCGUUGAGCGAGAAUUUGAUCGACUCGUGGACUUCAAUUGAUGCGCUGAACGCUUUCCCUCUGAUGGAUACAUUACGCUUCUCGAAGAACCCACUGACGACGCAGAUGAGUCUGGGGGAGACGCGGAUGCUGGUCGUUGCACGUACAGACCACAUCGCAGUCUUCAACGCAAGUCCAGUCCGCGAGAAAGAGCGCAAGGAAGCCGAACAACUCUAUCUCAAGCGUAUCCUGCACGAACUGGCUGUCAUUGGUGACGAUAAGACUGAGCACGAGCGUGUGCUAGCAGCACAUCCGCGCUUCACUCGCUUACGUGAGUUGUAUCCCGAGAUCUCCAUCGACCAAAGUGGUAACACUGCUGGUAGUGGGUCUACGGCUGGUCCACGGAAGCUGGCGUCGAGUCUUCUUAAAGUCAGUAUCAUCCCCAUGUCAAUGCAAGCAACUUCAUUCGACCCGUUGGUCAAGAAAAUCCCUCAGCAGAUGAAGGUCUCGCAGCUGAAGCUUCUCAUCGAGACGAAAUUUGGCGUCCAGGUUCCUGCACAGGUGCUUUCCUUCCGUACCGACUCCAGAAGUAUGCCGAUGUUGCUAGACGACGACAAUGCUGAGGUGAGCUACUAUGGAAUGCAGGACGGUUCCGAGGUGCUGGUUAACGACAAUGAGUAGCAAGAUACGACCCACUCCACUGUAGAUAACAACCCGAUAGUUUCCAAGUACCUCUGCACACGAUCUAAAGAUACCUACGGUGGUAUGCAACGUAUGCUGCAGCUCGACAUGGCUACCUCAAUGUUGUCAAAUGGCUACAUAUUCGUUGGAUGUCUACUGAAGCGAUGGAGCUGCUGGUCGUGGCAGGUUGAGUAUGUUGAAGAGCCUAUCACGCAACUGUACAGAGGGGUGUACUAACCAGGAUAUGGAUGCAGCUGCUUAGGGAGGAUGAAUAAUUUACUGUCACUUACUGCUAGUCCUUAAAAAAAUAAAGCUAGCUCCACUCUUCCUACACUA